GCGUACGCGUCCAAGGCAGCGGGAUGGAGGAGGUGCCUCACGACUGUCCCGGGGUCGGCAGCGCCCAAGCAGGUCGAGGGGCCUCAUGUCAGGGGUGCCCCAACCAGGGGCUCUGCGCUUCUGGAGCUGGUGCCGCUCCGGACCCGGCCAUAGAGGAAAUCAAAGAAAAAAUGAAGACCGUGAAACACAAGAUCUUGGUGUUGUCUGGGAAAGGCGGCGUUGGGAAAAGCACAUUCAGUGCCCACCUGGCCCACGGCCUAGCGGAAGAUGAAAACACACAGGUGGCUCUUCUAGACAUUGAUAUAUGUGGGCCGUCAAUUCCCAAGAUCAUGGGAUUGGAAGGAGAACAGGUUCACCAGAGUGGCUCAGGCUGGUCUCCGGUGUUCCUGGAAGACAACUUGGGGGUGAUGUCGGUGGGUUUCUUGCUCAGCAGCCCCGAUGAUGCCGUUAUCUGGAGGGGACCAAAGAAAAAUGGCAUGAUCAAGCAGUUCCUCCGAGACGUGGACUGGGGCGAGGUGGACUACCUCAUUGUGGACACCCCACCCGGGACGUCGGACGAACACCUCUCGGCCGUGCAGUACCUGGCCGCAGCGCACAUCGAUGGGGCGGUGAUCAUCACCACGCCGCAGGAGGUGUCGCUCCAGGACGUCCGGAAAGAGAUCAGCUUCUGCCACAAGGUGAAGCUGCCCGUCAUCGGGGUGGUGGAGAACAUGAGCGGCUUCAUCUGCCCCAAGUGCCAGAAGGAGACUCAGAUAUUCCCGCCGACGACUGGGGGUGCGGAGGUCAUGUGCCAUGACCUGAAGGUCCCGCUUCUCGGCAAAGUGCCUCUGGAUCCGCGCAUAGGAAUUAGGUUCAGACUCAAAGCCGGGUACAGAAUUAGCCUUGAAGACUCCCGAGGAAGGUGCCCCGCAUGUCCAGUGUACAGGGAAGCCCGCCGCAGCCCUCCUUGUACCCGGCUUCUCUCGGUAAGAGUUGCGACAAAGGACAGUCUUUUUUGGUUGAAGCACCGGAUUCACCAGCCACCUUAGCCUACAGAAGUAUAAUUCAGAGAAUCCAGGAGUUCUGUAGUCUGCAUCAGCCAAAAGGGGAGAACCUCGUCGGCUCCUGAAACAGGAGGACGUUAGGAACACAAGCAGCACGUCCCAUCACACCUGACCAGCUGGGUGACAGAGCAGGGGUCACAGACAGAGAGGGACCAGCCCCAGGCAUGGUGUGAAGUCACUUGUUCAGAGACACUUUAAUCAUCUAACAUUUGUACACUUUUCUUUAGUACAUAUGUAAAGGGCAUUCUUUACAGAUGUGCCGCUUUAAAAAUAAAAACAUCUCAAACCUCUG